AUGGCAGCCUCCACAGGUUCUUUGAUCUCUAUGCAAUCCCGUCCUGGAAUGGCUGCAUCCAGGAUCUCUAGCUUGAAGCCAGUUUCACUUUCAAAACAAGGAAGAAGCUUCCUGUCUUUUGGGUUUCGGUCUGUGCCAGCUCGCAGCCUUCGGGUUUCAUGCGCUGCCAAACCAGAAACAGUUGCAAAGGUGUGUGACAUAGUGAAGAAACAGCUGGCAUUAGCAGAUGAUACUGCUGUUACUGGGGAAUCAAAAUUUGCAGCACUUGGAGCUGAUUCUCUUGAUACGGUUGAGAUUGUGAUGGGACUUGAGGAGGCAUUUGGUAUCAGUGUCGAAGAGGAGAGUGCCCAAACCAUUGCAACAGUUCAGGAUGCUGCUGAUCUUAUUGAGGCUCUCGUUGAGAAGAAAGAUUAG